AAGAAAAUGUGAAGAGCACUUGUAACCCAGGAACUCCGGUUUUCUACUGUCUGCAAGAUAUCAUGAGGGUCUGCAGUGAAUCAAGUACUCAUUUUUCCACAAUUACAGCCCGGAUGUUAAUUGCUCUAGAUAAGUAAGCUGUAUUUUUAUUUUUUUGACAGAAAGCAAUGUAUUGUAUGUGUUUCAUUCCUGAUAUCAAUCUGAUUUUUUUUUUAAUUUUUUUUAAUUUUUUUUAUUGAAUUUAAUAUAAUUCCUUCUAAUAUGGUUGAGCAUGGAUGUCAAUAAAGGUGUCUAUGCUUUGCCCUCGGGCUCUUUCUGGCUCGGGCUCUUUCUGGCUUUCUGGCUACAAUAUAUAUUUCUCUGCCACCCGGCAAAUUAUGUGAGCUGUGAUCUAUUGAUAGAUGACAGGAGGACACGGUCGGAUACACAGUGGAGAUGGAUCACUUUGUCCAAUGCCAAAUUAGCCAACUGAACUCUAAAGCUCCUCUGUCAUGAUUUUCCUCUUCUUAGAAUAAAAUUAUUUGGAAAAUAUACACCAAUACAUGGAUGCCAAAAAUUGGAAGAGCAUUGCAUCUAUGCAUAAAGAAAUUCAGUGUUUGGUAGAUGGACCAUUGUGCUGGUGGUCACCGUUUAAAAAAAGCCAACCUUUGUUCAGACCAAAAAUUCCUUCUUGGAUAUAGUCCUUCAUAAAUGAGGGCAGACUAAAAGGGAACCGUCUGUCGUGUCACAGGAGCCGGACUGUGAAUAAUAGCAUAAACUUGACACAUUUCAGUCUAGCACUUCAUCAAAGGCAUAAUUAAACAUGUAAACCCCAUCAUAGAUUGUGGAUGUCUGUAUUCCAGCAAGGAUUUGUUGAGAAAGUGGAUUGUAUAAACUUUUUUAAUAAUAUUGAGGAUAUAGAGCAGGGCCACUAAACCUUAUUUAAUGACACAGGAUUGGGAAAAAACAGGUACGAGAAAGUAGCUGUAUGCAAUAAAAUAUGUAUCUAGAUAGAACGAAAGUCAUUAAGGAUUAUGGUGGGAUUCAUAUUUAAUUAAAUCCGUUAAUAAUGGUGAUCAGGUUUAAGCUAGUGUGAUAAUUCGUAAAUGGUUUCUUUAUAACUGUGAUCACAGACUAACCUAAGCUGUUCGUUGAUUACUUUUCCCAUGAUGCUCAGCAAGUGUUAACGUUCAGCAUCACAGUUUCAUGGUAAUUGCUCACAUGGUAUUUUGUUUCUAUACAGGUGGUUAGAAGAACAGCAUACCCAGUCCCAUGCCAUCUCUGCUUUGUUCAGGCCUUCGCCUCUAGAGAGGAUUAAAACCAAUGUAACGAACCCUGCGUAUACCACAGAAUCUUCCCAGUCUGAGCAUUCCCUGCACAUGGGCUAUACCGCUCUGGAGAUAAAGAGUAAAAUGAUGGCCCUGGAAAAGGCUGACCUGUGUAUCUACAAUCCUUUGUUUGGGUCUGAUCUUCAGUACACAAAUAGGGUAAAGUGCCUACAAUGUUUCCAUCAUAAAAUGUUCAAAUAUAGAACAUGAAAAGGGAACGUGCGGAGGUGACAUGUAAUGAAUAAGAACAAUGCAAGAGUUUAUGUAUGGGAAAAAAAAAGGGGGGGGGAGAGAGAGAGAGCGUGUGUGUUUGUUUUGCGAGAGUUAAAAUACACUUGGCUGGAAAAUUUAACAAAUAUUUGCAUUCUCUUUACCUACCUACCUAUAUAUAACCUUUUUUUUUUUAAAAAUAUAUAUAUGUAAGUUUGCUAAUGAUAAAACAAUAAAAUGCAAUAUUAAAGGGACACUCCGGGCACCCAGACCACUUCUGCCCAUUGAAGUGGUCUGGGUGCCAGCUCCCAUCACCCUUAACCCUGCAUGUGUAAUUAUUGCAGUUUUUACCUUGCAGGGUUAAGUCCUCUUCUAGUGGCUGUCUAUGAGACAGCCAGUAGAGGGACUUCCGGGUUCUUAAACGACUUUUUGGUCGCUUAAACAUGCUGGACGUCCUCACGCUAUGCGUUGCCUCCAGCAUCGCCGGAAUCCCCAUAGGACAGCAUUGAAUAAUGCUUUCCUAUGGGAGCUCUAAUGCGUGCGUGCGUGCGUAUACGGCGCAUGCGCAAUAGGUCUUCCCCGCUGGCAGACAUCAGGUAUGUGUCGGAAGGAGUUUUAAUCCCUACAGCAACAUGGGGUGGGGGACAGGAGGGAAGGGGGCACUGUAGGAUUCUCUAGUGCCAGGAAAACAAGUUUGUUUUCCUGGCACUGGAGAGUCCCUGUAAACAACUGAUUUAGAAAAUCAAGGUUAAUAUACAGAUUAUUAAUUACUUGUUAAUCCAGAAAGAAAUCAUGUUUUAAUCAAACAAUUUUUCUGUGUCUUUAGUUAAAUUUGUAAAUAUCUUCAGUGUGUUUCUUUUGACACAUUUUAGAUCAACAUUAGCAACAGCAGUAUGUGCAAAGCUGAACUGUACUGAUUUCAGUAUUUUUUAAAAGUAGAUUGUAGUGGUACUCUGCUGUGGACAUCACAUGCUUUUGUGAGAUAAAUAUUUUUCGUUUGAUGUUCUAGGUUGACAAAGUGGUUAUAAACCCAUACUUUGGACUUGGAGCUCCCGAUUAUUCAAAGAUACAGAUCCCAAAAAGAGAAAAAUGGCAAAGAAGCAUGAGCAGUGUCAUGGAAGACAAGUAUGUCAUGUUAUGUCAUUGUAAUGAAUCUUAUUUUCAACUUGCUGAAUUAGCUUAAUAGAAUAGAGUAACGGUGUCUACUCUAUUUAGCAUUCGAUAGUGUGCCAUAGGGGAAAUCCAGCUUAGAAGUGACCGAUUUUAUGCAAUAAAUAUCUGCAAAAAAAAGUAGUAAUAAAGAGAAAGCUUUAAAGUCCAUGCAUUUGCUGGGUUUUCAUCUUCUGCAGUGAGAUCUUUACAGACCAAGAAAUGGAUCAACGAAUCAGAAGGCUUCCAAUUCAUUGAGCCUACAUUGCGCGAGGGAUUGCGGGAUGUACAAUUAAGCACUUGGCAGCAUUUUUAUUCAUUAUCAAAGCCUAGCGGAUCACUGCUGCUUGGCAAUUUAUCAUCUUUAGCAACAGCUCCGUUCACAGAAUUGUGGAGCUGUAGGAUGCAAUUCUACAUUUUUAUUUACAUCUAACCUGUUCUUUGUUAUUGCUCUGCAGGGAGCGCCAGUGGGUUGACGACUUUCCUUUGCACCGCUGUGCCUGUGAAGGCGAUACAGAACUGCUUGGGCGGUUACUGGAUAAGGGCUUUUCAGUAAACCAGUUAGACAAUGAUCAGUGGGCACCAAUUCACUAUGCAUGCUGGUGAGUAGCAACACGGCUCGGAUAGACAUAGAUUUAUUUUGCAAGGCUUUUUUUUUUUUAUUUUUUUUUUUUUUAUGAAGUAUAUAAAACAAAAAAAACAUGAGCUCAUAUGAAACUAAAAAACAACAUACAACAAAUAUUUGAUGUAAUCAUUAAAAGCUUGCUGUCUGAGCUUUCAACACUAGCACUGCAAAGUUUUGUUUUUUAAAUUGCAUAUUGAUUGACCACUGUGUGACCUCAGCGUUGAUAUAGCUUUAUGCAUUCUGAAUUUUAAUAUAAAUCAUGUUUGAAUUCCCAGUAGGAUGGGAAAUGAUAUUCAUGCCAUGUAUAUGCUGAUACAUUUUAUUAGGUGCUAUUGAUCGUGAAUAUAAAAUUAAGGAUUUCCCAUUGCAAUGUCAUUAUUGUUUGUUAAACAAUGAGCUUCCAGUUGCAUUUUUUCAGUAAUUGCUCAUCAGAGCUGUCCAAUCGUCUUUAUUUAAUACACUUUUAAAAUGAACAUAUUUCCAACUAUGCAAAGCAGUUAAGACGUUAGUGAUUUAGGAACAAACCAUACGACCAAUUUGCUUUUGGUUGUUUAGAGAUUGAAUCCAUCUUUGUAUAUUGAUUUAGCUAGAUCUGAAAACAAAAUGAGACUGAUUAGAGAUAGGACAGUUUGCUGAUAAAAUUCAAGGGUUUAAGUUUUUAUGUGGGCCGCAAAAAAAAACAACUUAAAUUUUCAUAGAAAUAUAGGUUUAUUUUGAAAAGUACAGUAUUAAAAAUAAAAUAAAAAAACACAGCACCCCCCUCUACUAAAUCUCAUUCCCCCCCGAUAUACUAAAUCCCAGCACCCCCUUCACUAAAUACCAGCACCCCCCUGUAGCCACUCACAUUGGCGCUGCCAGUAUGCCACUCCGGAGUACGGCCUCUGGUAUAUCCCAAAUCACACUGUCCACACCCUGUGCCAAAGCGGAUCCUCCCGCUGCUUCUUGAAACCCUGUGAAGGUGGAGCACGUCAAUGUCUCGUUGGAAUUUGACAUGGCGUUGUGUGCCUCAAGGUCCUCCACUGUCCAGCCACGGCUAUUGCAACACUGACUGACACAGACACUCAGGCACUCACUGACAGACACACAGACAUACAGACAGACACAUACUCACACACAUACACACACACACACACAUACAUUUACACAUUCUUGCACACACUCACAUCAUUGUAUUUAUCCCAGGGGUCCAGUGGGGAUCUUCAAUCUGGAGAUCUCCUUACUGCUGUUCACUGUUCCUUUAUGCAAGCAGUUUAGUGAUGCCGAGUGCCAGAAUAUGAUGUAAUUUUUCUGGCACCCGGCAUCACUACAGAUGGCGAUGGAGCAGUGAGGAGCAGGAAGACUGAGCUCCUCCAGUGACCUCUCCUCCCGGGCGAGUAAAUUUUAGCAGAGUAGGCACCUGCAAUGUAAAGAAAGCAGGUGCCUACUCUGCUUUAACACUAAGCAUGUACUCUCAGCUCACCGGGACUCAAAGAUGUCCAUUGUGGGCCGCGAGUUUUACAUGCUUGACUUACAUGGUUAGAAAAUGUACAGACCAAAAAGUUUAUGGGGGUUGUCCCAUCUAUAAUAUAUGCAUUAAUUGCUAAAUUGCUGUGAGUGAGUGCAUGCAUUUUGGAUGCAUGUAAGUUGAAUCAUAGGUGAACACAAUGUUGAUACCUGUCCACUGCAUUGUGGGUAAAUGCACAGACUAAAGUGCGUGACUUAUUUCCCAUGGUUUAUUAUUGGCUUCCAGGGCAGCCUUGUUUUACUGAACUGUGAACUAUUUUCCUUAGCAACUGCUGAGUUAAUCUGCUCAGUGCUAUUAGUUCUAAGGGAAUUGGCUGUCCACAGGCUAUUAAAUCUCUAACAACUGUAAUGUAUGUUUCCACUUUAGAAUGAAAGGUGUUCUUUUCACAUUCUUACUUUUACCUCCCUAAGGUAUGGCAAGGUGGAAGCCACGAGUAUGCUCCUAGAGAAAGGAAAGUGUAAUCCUAAUUUGUUAAAUGGCCAGCUCAGUUCCCCUCUUCAUUUCGCUGCCGGGGGAGGUCAUGCAGAAAUCGUACAGAUUCUAUUGAAUCACCCCGAAAUAGACAGGGUGAGUUCUUUAAUAAUGUUUUACUAUAUUUGCAGUCCCUUUUCAGUAGCAUUCUACAAGAACCUUCUUCUCAUUAUCCCUUUGAAUUCAUAUAUCCUUCAUCGUUGACAUGAUUCAAUUACAUUUUAAUGUAUUCUACCUCCUCUGUGGGCAAUGGCAGCAAGAUCAACAUCUUGGAAUUGUACUGGAAUUGUCCUCCUCAUAUUCAGUAAGAAGUAAAAAAAACUAUUUUUAGGGACUCUGGCAACCAAACUUUUUUGACCUGUUCUCUUUGUAGUUUUAAUAUGCAAUUAGCAUCUCAUUAAUAGAGUUUUCAUAUACACAUCCAUAGAGUAAUUCAUGGGCUCCUCUUUAGUCUAUCAAAACAAGUCUGUGUUUUGCAGUUCUUUAACAUCUUGUGAACUCACCGAUUUAUUUCAGCACGUCUCUGACCAGCAAGGACGUUCUCCCCUAGACAUCUGUGAAGAGAACAAGCAGAGCAAGUGGGAAGAAGCUGCCCAGCUGUUACAGGAUUCAAUGAACAAGCCGGUAUGUUGCUUGACAUUGUUAUUUAUAAUCCAUCAACGUAUUCCGCAGUGAGCGGGGACAGUGCAUGUGAGUACUUGCAACACGAAUAGUUAGAUUUACAGUUGUAGGUGUUUGAGUAUGUAAUAGCUCCCCCAGGCAUUUUUAGAAUCUCACGAUAGUAAAUUUAUAUAUAUCUGCAGGCGACAGCAAAUGCAGUCGAUAGUUUACAAUUUACUCGAAGCUGGCCUUUUUUUAAUAGGAAACUAUAGCAAAUAGCGUCCAUGUUGUUUAUUUGUACUUGUAACUACCCUUACCUGUGUUUGUUUGUAGAAGCUCCAGGAAACCACAAAAGAACCUGCAGCCUCUUUGCAGAUUACUGACCAUUACAUUUAUAUUAUUAUUUCCAACCAAUUGGCUAGUUCCUUACCGUGCAGUGAAGAUAAUCUCCUUCAGACAACCUCAGUUAUCCAUGUGAGAUUUAUUAUCCUGGUUAAACAUCCAGCCAGCACCCAGGCCACUGAUUGCUAGUCUCGGUAACACAGAAGUUUCAGAACACCACUUCUUGACAACUAGUUGUGCAUGAUGGCCAUUGUAAGCUUAGGUUGUGAUCGCACAUCCAGUCCCAAGAUUCCCAGACACCAUGUAACACUAUUUUACUAUUAAUAUAUUGAAGUGUUCUGUUUCAAGGUUAUACAUAGUUUAUCACUCACUCCACUGUGCUCUAUGCUCUGAUCCCUGCAGAGUAUGUUGAUGAACAUGUUUGUCUAUGAUUGCUUCUGUCAUGCUUGAAGAUACACUGUUAUGAUCAAAGGUCCUGUGGGAUAUUUAGAGUUCUAGAAAAUUCAGUGCUCAGAUGGUGUACCUGCACGUCUGCUGACAGUCUAUAAUUUUUUAAAAGCCCUGGUAUGUGAAUGGAAAAAAAUAGAGAAUAUAAUUUUCAAAUGUUUUUAAUAUUCAUGUGAUUAACUAUAAAAAACAUGUUAAUUUUUAUUUUUUCUUCGUUUUCUGAGACAUAGGUAGAGCAAGAGGGAUCUGAUGAUACAAUAACAUGUAGCAACUAGUGUAAUACAUACACUGCUCAAAAAAAUAAAGGGAACACAAAAAUAACACAUCCUAGGUCUGAAUCAAUUAAAUAUUCUUCUGAAAUACUUUGUUCUUUACAUAGUUGAAUGUGCUGACAACAAAAUCACACAAAAAUAAAAAAAUGGAAAUCAAAUUUUUCAACCCAUGGAUGUCUGGAUUUGGAGUCACACUCAAAAUUAAAGUGGAAAAACACACUACAGGCUGAUCCAAAUUUGAUGUAAUGUCCUUAAAACAAGUCAAAAUGAGGCUCAGUAGUGUGUGUGGCCUCCACGUGCCUGUAUGACCUCCCUACAACGCCUGUGCAUGCUCCUGAUGAGGUGGCGGAUCGUCUCCUCCUGAGGGAUCUUCUCCCAGACCUGGACUAAAGCAUCUGCCAACUCCUGGACAGUCUGUAGUGCAAUAGUGGAUUGAGCGAGACAUGAUGUCCUAGAUGUGCUCAAUUGGAUUCAGGUCUGGGGAACGGGCGGGCCAGUCCAUAGCAACAAUGCCUUCGUCUUGCAGGAACUGCUGACACACUCCAGCCACGUGAGGUCUAGCAUUGUCUUGUAUUAGGAGGAACCCAGGGCCAACUUCACCAGCAUACGGUCUCACAAGGGGUCUGAGGAUCUCAUCUCGGUACCUAAUGGCAGUCAGGCUACCUCUGGCGAGCACAUGGAGGGCAUUGCGGCCCCCCAAAGAAAUGCCACCCCACACCAUUACUGACCCACUGCCAAACCUGUCAUGCUGGAGGAUGUUGCAGGCAGCAGAACGUUCUCCACGGCGUCUCCAGACUCUGUCACGUCUGACACAUGUGCACAGUGUGAACCUGCUUUCAUCUGUGAAGAGCACAGGGCACCAGUGGCGAAUUUGUAAAUCUUCUAACGUGUUCUCUGGCAAAUGCCGUCCUGCACGGUGUUGGGCUGUAAGCACAACCUCCACCUGUGGAUGUCGAGCCCUCAUACCACCCUCAUGGAGUCUGUUUCUGACAGUUUGAGCAGACACAUGCACAUUUGUGGCCUGCUGGAGGUAAUUUUGCAGGGCUCUGGCAGUGCUCCUCCUGUUCCUCCUUGCACAAAGGCGGAGGUAGCAGUCCUGCUGCUGGGUUGUUGUCCUCCCACGGCCUCCUCCACGUCUCCUGAUGUACUGGCCUGUCUCCUGGUAGCGCCUCCAUGCUCUGGACACUACGCUGACAGACACAGCAAACCUUCCUCCCACAGCUCGCAUUGAUGUCCUGGAUGAGCUGCACUACCUGAGCCACUUGUGUGGGUUGUAGACUUCUUCUCAUGCUACCACUAGAGUGAAAGCACCGCCAGCAUUCAAAAGUGACCAAAACAUCAGCCAGGAAGCAUAGGAACUGAGAAGUGGUAUGUGGUCACCACCUGCAGAACCACUCCUUUAUUGGGGGUGUCUUGCUUAUUGCCUAUAAUUUCCACCUGUUGUCUAUCCCAUUUGCACAACAGCAUGUGAAAUUGAUUGUCAUUCAGUGUUGCUUCCUAAGUGGACAGUUUGAUUUCACAGAAGUGUGAUUGACUUGGAGUUACAUUGUGUUGUUUAAGUGUUCCCUUUAUUUUUUUGAGAAGUGUAUAUUGUGUAUUUAAUACUGAUACAGUAGUAUCACAUGAUCCUGGGCGUAAUGUCAAUGUCUUGGAUAUAUCCAGAUACAUCAAAUAUAUUUCACAAUAUCAUUUCACAGUUCUCCCACUAGAGAGCGCUGUGUCUAACAAUUAUUUCUACUUUAAAAGCUAGCUACAUGUCUAAAUAUAUGUAAAAAGAAACAAAACAACCUUUAUUAAACAGGAAUACAAAAAAGUAAGGUAAUUCAUUGUCACUGUUUGACAAUUAUGUGUUUUCUGAAAUUUGAUAUUGUGAAAGAGAUUGUGUGUUAUAAAAAUAGCGUACAUUUACCUUUGGGGAUAUAAGCAUUACAAAAUGUUUCAAUUCCAUGUAUAAACUGGCAUUGUGAGAGUUCUCACAAAUCUGACAAUUUCAAUGGGUAAAGCUAGUUUUGUUAAAGUGCAAUCCAGGCAAAAUGGUGCCGAUCCCUUAAAGUGCUUACAAUUUUAGUUUCCAAGCAUUCUUUCAAUUUUAGAAACUAAAUUACAGAAAUUAAAGGGACACUAUAGUCACCUGAACAACUUCAGAUUAAUGAGGUUGUUCAGGUGAGAACUAUAGCUCCCUGCAGCGUUUCUCAUGUAAACACUGUAUUUUCUAAGAAAAUACAGUGUUUACAUUGAAAGCUAGGAACACCUCCAGUUGCAGUUACUCAGAGUGAACCAGAGGGACUUCGGAGUUAAUAGAGGCAUAAUAUGCCUCCAUCCACUCAGAUCUGCUGUGCACGAGCAUCCUGUGAUUCGGUAUCUCCUCCCACUGCAUGCAGACACUGAACUUUCCUCAUAGAGAUUCAUUGAUUCAAUUCAUCUCUAUGAGUAGAUGCUGAUUGGCCAGGGCUGUGUUUGAAUCAUGCUGGCUCUGCCCUUGAUCUACCUCCUUGUCAGUCUCAGCCAAUCCUAUGGGGAAGCACUGUGAUUGGAUCAGGCUAUCACAUUUCAGCAGACUGCUUGUUUUUCCUGAGUCUCAGCAUGCAGAUUUACAGCUUCUGGCUUGAAUACAGUAAGAUUUUUACUAUAUUUAUGGAGGCAUGAGGGGCCCAGGGGGGCUAGAUGGUCGUGUUAACACUAUAUGGUUAGGAAUACAUGUAGUUGCACUGGUGACUAUAGUGUCCCUUUAAAUCUGAUUUAAAGCAAACAACCUAAUUAGAAAAGGUAUGGUAAAUGGGGAGAUAGUGCAACCAACAAGUGCAGGCUAGCCACUCAAGAAAGGGAUCACUCCUGAAUCCCAACAAUGUAACAGACAAAAAUAGUAUACCGUAUAUACUCGUGUAUAAGUCGAUCUCAUGUAUAAGUCGAGUGCAGUUUUGUGACCAACAAUUGUGAAAUAUGCUAUGCCUCGUGGAUAAGUCGAGGGUAAAACUUGGGGCUAUGAAAUUCUGUGAUUUUUAUAAUUAUAUACACACACACUCAUACAAACAAACACUUUGCAUUAUAUAUACACACACUCAUACAAACAAUCUGCAUUAUAUACACACACACACUCAUACAAACACACACUCUGCAUUAUAUACACACACACACACUCAUACAAACACACAAUGCAUUAUAUACACACACUCUGUGUAUAUAAUGCAGAGUGUGUAUAUAAUGCAGAGUGUGUGUUUGUGUAUUGUGUGUGAACUAUGUGGGGGGAGGGCAUUUUAAUUUUAAUUUUUUUUAAUUUUAAUAUUAUUAUUUUUUUAUUAUUUUAAAUUUUUUUUGUCCCCCCUCCCUGCUUGUUAACUGGUCAGGGAGGGGGGCUAUCUUAAUCCCUGGUGGUCCAGUGGCAUGGGCUGUGAAGUGGGGGGGCCGGCAGGAAGCAUUUACUUACCUUUCCUGCAGCUCCUGUCAGCUCCCUUCUCCUCCGUUCCGGUCAGCUCCACUGUAAGUCUCGCGGUCUGGUUGCCGCGCGGAUCGUUGCCAUGGCUCUGACGGCCGCGGCUCUCUAAGUUGCCAUAAUACAGACAGUGACUCGAGUAUAAGUCGAGUGGGGGUUUUUAAGCACAAAAAAUGUGCUGAAAAACUAGACUUAUACUCGAGUAUAUACUGUAGUUAAAAAACGUAUACAUGUGACGGCACUGCUAUCACAAGUUUGAUUUUAUAUUUACCAUUCAGAUGGUAGAAUAUGGCGUGGUAUAGAAACACAAGAAAAAUAAUACAUAGUGAAAGUAUUUAAUGAUAACACAAAAAAGGGUAAAAAAUAUGAUACACUCACAAAUCGAGUGGCACAGAGAGAAAUAUAUCUGUUUGUACAAAUACACUUUUCAGCCACCAAUGGGCUAAGUCCCCAUAAGUUUGAUGUCAGCCAAUGGUACCUCAGGAUAUCAAUCUAUCGCUGUUCUCACCAGUCCUCAGAAACAAAAUAUAUUGGAAACAACCUUAUGGGGACUUAGCCCAUUGGUGGCUGAAUAGGUUUUUUUUUUUUUUCUAAGCCUCUAAUGGUCUCAACCCUUUGUAUCCAUUCCCUUGUGGUGGGUGUGUGAGGUUGUUUCCAUAAGGUUGGUAUAAGUUGGUUAGCUCCUGUAAUGAGGUGGAUUAGGAGUGUUUUUUCAUGUUUCUGCAUUCCCGGGGGCGGAAGAAGGAAUAAGAAAGUGUCGGUGUGUAGCAGAGUGUUUACCCUUAGAAUCUGGUAUAUCGCCCUGAGCUUCUUGUCCAGUAUUUGCGUAUCUCCGGACAUGUCCACCAUAUGUGCGCGGGUGUCCCGCUGGUUUGGUGGCAUCUCCAGCAGCGGUCUGUUGUUGUGGGGAAUAGGGGGUACAGUGCCACCUGGCUAUCCGUUUAUAGUUGCUUUCUUGAGCUAUAGUGUUCCUGGAGGUUUUGUGAAUUUGUCUAAAAAUCUGUUUCCAUUUGUUUCUGGAUAUUUCUAGGUUGAGUUCCCUUUCCCAUGUUGGGGUAAUUUUCGGUAGUUGGUGGGUAAGUGUUGUGUGGACAGUAGAAUACAUUAGUGAUAUAUGUUUCUUUGUUAGAUCUUGGCUAGCGCAAUGUUGCUCAAACGCUGUUUGUGGUUGAUUUUUUCCAUACUUUAGAGGUCCUGAGUGUAUGAAGUGUAUCAUUUGAUGAUAUUGGAACUUUUGAAUCUCGUUUGGGGACGUGAUGAGUUUCUGUAGAGGUUUGACCAAUUGCUCCCCCAUCUCGUCUAAAAGGUCCCCCAACGAUAGAUAUUCUUGUGUUUGGAAGGGUUUCAGCGCCUUGCCAUCUACCCCCAGUUGAAUGAGCGGAUUAUGUGAGAUCGGAUAAAGCGGGGACGGGUGGGGAGCGAGUUGUUUGUAUGUUUUGAGGGUCGCCCAGGUGCGUAGGGUGGGGGUGAUUGUUGGAUGUGGGCCUUUUAUCAAGAGUGUUUGACCCGUCUUGUGCUACGGGACCGUGUAUAUAGGUACUCUGAAGAACGUGUCCUCAAUGGUUACCCAUUGUUUUGUGGUGUGGGGGCAUGCCCAGUCAUAUAUUCUUGUCAGAUGUACUGCUUUAUAGUAUCUGUCUAUAUCUGAAAGACCUAGGCCUCCUUCUUCUUUCGGUCUUAUAAGGAGUGUGUAUGCCAGUCUAGGGUUUUUGUGGGACCAUAUGAAGGUCGUGAAGAUCUUGCGCAUUGCGCUGAACCAAGUCUUCGGUAUUGUUACGGGAAGCACUUGUAACAUAUAUAAAAUCCUAGGUAAAACAUUCAUUUUAAGAAUCUUCAGCCUGCAGAACCAUCCAAAAUGGGGUUUAUUCCAUGCUGUCAAAUCUGAGUGAAUGUUUUUAAGUAGGUUCGGGAAGUUGUUUUCAAAAAGGUGGGACAAAUCUCUAGUGAUGUGUAUUCCCAAGUAUUUGAUGUAAUGCGAGGCGCAUGCAAAAGGGUAGUUUCGUUUCAGUGUUGUUGUAAUGUGUGUAUGUAUGUGGAUUGGGAGAAUUUCGCAUUUACUAAGGUUUGCUUUAAAGCUUGAAAUUUUACUAUAGAUGUUAAUUUCCUCCAUUAAGUGUGGGAGUGAGGCUACCGGGUCCGAAAUUGAGAACAGCAUAUCAUCCGCAAAUGCGGCUAUUUUGUGUUCGUGAUUGCCCACCUGGAUGCCCUUGAUGUUCGCAUUGUCUCGUAUUCCCUGAAGGAAAGGCUCUGGGAGUAUUACAAAGAGGAGGGGGGAGAGCGGACAACCCUGCCUUGUUCUGUUUGAUAUCGGCACACAAUCUGAGAGUUGUCCAUUAAUUCUAAUGUUGGCUGUGGGGUUUGAAUAGAUUGCUUUUAUCCAUUUUUUCCAGUUCAGGCCGAAUCCCAGUGAUUGGAGUGUGUGUAGCAUUAAGGUCCAGUCUACUCUGUCGAAAGCCUUUUCAGCAUCUAUGGACAGAAGUAGACUGGGGUCCUCCGCUCGCGUGGCAUGAUGUAUCAGGUUUAUGAUUUUCGUAGUAUUGUUUUUUGCUUCUCUGCCUGGUAUAAAGCCAGAUUGAUCUGUGUGUAUUAUCCUCAGCAGGAGGGGGGCUAGGAUUUUUGUAAAGAGUUUGAGAUCUAUGUUUAUCAAAGAUAUCGGCCUAUAGCUUCAGCAUUGGGAAGGGUCCUUGCGCGACCUUGAUAUAAGAGUAAUUGUAGCAUUGAGCGCCUGUGGUGGGAGAGUGUUACCCUGUAAAAGGGAAUUGAAGGAUUUCGUGAAGUGCGGUAUGAGCGUUGUGGCAAAAGUUUUGUAGUACUUCGUUGUGAACCCAUCUGGGCCCGGGCUUUUCCCAAUCGGAAGGUUUUUGAUUGCAUGCCUACACUCCUCUGCUGUGAUUGGGUGUUCUAAGGUUUCACUCAGGUUUUUUGGUAAUGUGGUAUGUAUUCUAUUCGUAAGGAAGCUUUGGAUCUCGUGGGUCGGCGGGGGGUCUGUCUUAGAUUAUAUAGAGAGUGGUAGUAUUCUUGGAAGGCUUUGGAUAUGUCAGUUACUAAAUGGGAGAGGUGUCCGCUAUUGUCCCUUAUGGACGGUAUCAAGGUAUUCUCUCUUUGUUUUUUAAGUGCGUUGGCCAACAAGCGCCCACUCUUCCCUCCCUGCGCGUAGUAUAGGCUUCGUGUCUUUGCUAUAGCAUACUUUGUGCGUACGUUAAGUAUGGUGUUGAGUUCUGUUCGUUUCUCUAGAAGUGUUUUAUAGUUCGCUAGUGUAGUGUCCUGGGCAUGGACCCCUUCUAGCUCUCUUAUUUCUUUGAGCAGUCAUGUGACUUGUGCCUCACGCUGUUUUUUUGUGUCGGGAGGCUAUUUGGAUGAUUAUACCUCUUAUAGUGCUUUUAUGGGCUUCCCAGAUGAUUGGGUAGGGUGUGUCAGCUUUGGUAUUUGUUUCAAAAUAUUGGAUUAUAUUUUAUUCAAUUUGGUUUUGUAUGACUUGGUCGUUUAACAGAUUGUCGUUCAGUUUCCAUUGUGUUCUGGUGGGGUAGGGAUUGAUAUUGUCAUCUGACCAUGUUAUCGGGGCAUAUUCGCUUGUUUUUAUGAGGUUGAGGAAUCUGUGUGGGGUAAAUAGCAUGUCUAUCCUAGAGUAUGUUUUUGAUGAGUGUGAGUAGAAGGAAUAACUUCUACUGUUGGGGUGUGAGGCACGCCAUAUGUCAUAAAGUUGGUGAGUGUCGAGAAGUUUUUGUAUCUGGUUCCUCGUGGAGGUUUGAUAUGUUUGGGCCUGCGAGGUAGUGUCUAACGACCCAUCUAGGGAUAUAUUAAAGUCUCCCCCCAUGAUUAGCAGACUCUCUGAGAAAGCCUCUAAUUUGUGUAAUAUUCUGCGAAGGGUGGAUGCCUGUUUCCUGUUCGGAAGGUAUAUAUUGGCCAGGGUUGUGACGGUGUUCCCUAUUAGUCCCUUAAGAAAGACAUACCUUCCUCCCUCAUCAGAGUAGUGAUCUUUGUAUGUAAAGGGUAAUUUUGAAGAGAGAAGGAUCGCCACCCCUCUGGAUUUAGAUCCUCCAUAACUGCUAAGGAAGCUUUUGGUGUAGAAUUUUGAUCUGAGAGGAGGGACUGAAUUCUUGCGAAAAUGUGUUUCUUGUAUAAAUAUUAUAUCUGUUUUCUGCCUGUGAUAGUCUGCCAGUGCUUUGUGGCGUUUUUCCGGCGUGUUAAGGCGUUGUGUGUUAAGAUGUUUAUGGUUGUCAUUGCUUUGUUAGAGCAGAUAUUUUAAGGGGGAUGUGUGGGGAGCCUCUGUGGGCGUUGUGAGGUAGUGAAUGCAAACGCUUCCUGGUGUUGGUGUUGUGUACCCUAAGGUUGACCCUCGGUUAGGCAAUCUAGGAGUUCCCUGAAUAAAACGAAGCCGUGUGUAGGUGAGGCUCGCUUAAUCGUGGCUGGAGACAAUGCAAAGCAAUACAAUAACAAUUACGACAGCAAUAACAUUAACAAAUGAACAAAAAGACCAUCUGUGUUACCCUGUUUACUUUCUCGUGAGUUGUCGGUCAACUAUGUACACUAGUUAGUUACUAUUUUGUAACUAAAUAAAAAUAGGGUAAGAGACCCUGAGUCGAGUAAGUAGCACUCUGUGGUGACUAGAUGUUACUGGUGUCUGCCCCUGAGAGUCCCUGUGUCAACAGUGGGCAAUAGUAUGACACCGUGUUUUAUGUUAAGGUUGGUUGGGGGGGGGGAGUUUGUCUUUGUGUGUGAUGUCGGGUUUGUCUGGUCCUCCUUUAUCGGAUGAUCGGUCUUGUCUUAAUGGUUGGCUCAGAUUCAGUCCGAGUUCUGCCGGUGGAGUUUGGUGUCUGUUUGGAUGGAGCUUACGGGUGAGAUCGCGUAUGCUGUUUGCAUGUGUAGUGGAGGAUGUUUAUGGGAAAUAGGUAGAUAGGUUGGGUGUAACGUUAGAUUGAGCCGGGGCGUUUGCAGACUCUUUUAAUUUUUUAUUUUUUUUUAAUUAUUUAAUCCCAGAUGGAAUUAAUUGUGUUUUUUUUUUUUUUUGUCAGUCCGGUUGGUUUGGAGGGUAUUGUGUAUGUCUAGUGUGUUUCCUGUCAAUGUUGUGCUGCUGUGGUUAAGUUGGUGACCUCUCUGUGUUGGUGUUGUUCCCCUCUAAGAAUCUAAGCAAUUGGCACCAUACUGAGAAACCAUUUGCAUGCUAUCUCAUCAAACAAUAAGACAACAUUAGAGUAUACGACCUGUGCUCAGAUUUGUCCUCUUUGGUGGGUAGUGGGGUUUUGUUUUGUUUUUGUUUUUCCUUUCUUUUCUGUCUUUUUUUGUUUCCCCUCCUAUGCUUUUUGUUUUAUAUCAGUGUCCCAAGUCCUUUAGCGGUUUUCAACUUGUGUUCCUCUAGUUCUUUUUCCUGGCUAGCGUGAGUUUGUCCGUCGGGGGUCUCUUGCGAGGUUUGUCCUUGAGUGGUGAGUGGUGUGGUCGUCCUGUCCCGUUGUGUUCUCCGUGGUGCAGUCCAUCUGGGAUGCUCCUCGGUAAGCCUCUCAUCCGUCUGUGGGUCCUCCAAUUCGCCGGUUGUCCCUCUUGGGUAUGUUUUUCUGUCCCACUUUUAGUCACGGUUUACGCCACUGUUGCCCCUGUGUUUGGGUGUCUAACACGGCUGUUGGGUCCGGGGCAUACCAAUUUGCGAUGUUGACUUCUGUCAGGUUCAGAGCCGCAAUAAAGGGGUUGACAUCUUGAUGGGUGGAGAUCGUGUAUGUCGUGCCUUUUGAUGCCCACAAUGAGGGUGAAGGGGAAGCCCCAUCUGUAGCGUAUGCUCCGUGCUCUUAGUUGAUCCGUGAUUGGCCGUAGUGCUCGCCUUGCCUGAAGAGUAUGCCAGGAUAGGUCCUGGAAAAUCUGGAUUUCUGGAUUUCAUGACCGAGGUAUAGUAAGGGUGAGGAGGUGUCCCUUAGUGCCCGUAGGACGUCUUCUUUUAGGGUGAAGUAAUGAAAGCGACAGAUGACGUCUCGCGGUGAGUCGCCUGUUCCAUUUCUGGGCCGUAGGGAUCUGUGCGCCCUGUCCAGAAAUACUGGGGUGUCAGGCGCGCGGUUUAGUAUCAGGUUGAAUAGGGUGGCUAGCUGCUCCUUUAAAUCUUCCUUUUCAGCUUCUGGCAACCCUCUAAUGCGUAGGUUAUUCCUCCUACCCCUAUUAUCAAUAUCCUCAAGCGCUCUCUGAAGCAGGGUUAGGUGCCUCUCUUGUGAAAUAAGUGCAUGGGAUAUGUCUUGUAAUUGUGUCUGACAUGUAUCCCUGUAAUCCUCUAAUUCUUGCACCCGUCUGUCUACCUGCUUGAUUUCAGCACUCAAGCCCUCCAUUUUGAGCUGGACAGUAUUUUCCAGCUUUCCAAGCAUCUGUGCCAGGUCUAGGUGUGUUGGCAGGGUUUUCAGGAGAUCCUUUAUGUCCCCCCCCACAGAGACCGAUGAGUCGUCAGAUUGAACAGGACUCGGGGGUUCAGAGUCAGGGUGGUUUCCCGCCGGCGCCAUGAUGGAGUCCCCUGCUUCUGCCAUGCGGUCGGCAUAAUCUUUAAAUAGGCGGGUAACCGAGCCCGGUUUACCCGCCGGUAGCUUCCCCUGCGGCUGGUGGGGUGUUUGCUGGAGUUUACUGUUUCCCAUGCCGUUGUUGAACCUCCUCCGUGCAGCGAUCUCUGCCCGUUAUGCUCGCAGUGAACUCAGUGUGCGGCCAUUUCGGUCGGCUGCUAGCCCCGCCCCUCCUGAAUAGCUUAUUUACACCAACAGAUAUAUUUCUCUUUUUGCCACUCGAUUUGUGAGUGUAUCUCUGUUAUUUUUUUAUCCUUUUUUGUGUUAUCAUUAAAUACUUUCACUAUGUAUUCUUGUUUCUAUUAAAUGCCAUAUUUUACCGUCUGAAUGGUAAAUUUAAAAUUACACUUGUGUUAGCAACAACCUAAUUGGAUAUUGGAAAUUCGGCUGCAGGAAAGAGUUGGAUACUUGCCUGAAUGGUAUAUACAUUGAGAGUAACUUAAUUGCUGACUAGAAUGGGGCUUUAAAGGACAAUUGUCAUCAAAUUUUCAAGAAUUAUCUUUUAAAAAAAAUAAAGUUCCUUACAGUUAAAGGACCACUAUAGUGCAAGGAAAACAUACUUUUUUUUUCCUGGCACUAUAGUGCCCUGAGGUCCCCCUCCCGCCGGGCUCUGGAGAGAGGAAGGGGUUAAAAUCUUACCUUUCUCCAGUGCCGGACGGGGAGCUCUCCUCCUCCUCUCCUUCUUCCUAGCGACGUCAUCGGCUGAAUGCGCAUGUGCGGCAGGAGCCGCGCGCGAGUUCAGCCAGUUCAUAGGAAAGCAUUUACAAUGCUUUCCUAUGGACGCUGGCGUCUUCUCACUGUGAUUUUCACAGUGAGAAGCACGCAAGCGCCUCUAGCGGCUGUCAAUGAGACAGCCACUAGAGGCUGAAUUAACACUCAGUGUAAACAUAGCAGUUUCUCUGAAACUAUGUUUAUUAAAAAAAGGGUUAACCCUAGCUGGACCAGACACCCAGACCACUUCAUUAAGCUGAAGUGGUCUGGGUGCCUAUAGGGUCCUUUAAUGAAUUGAGAUUUUGAUUUAUUUAAAUGACAUAUAUUUAUUAUUUGGGGAGGAUUUCACUUUUUCUGCAUAAGUAGCCAUGUUGGGCCUGACUCUAUGACCAGCUGCUACUCCAUCUAACUCACCUGCUGUUGUAGUUACACAUAGAGCAAUCACAGCAGCAGGCUAGUUAGAUUGAUCAGCAGUCAGAUAUCCAUAGAGUCUCACCCAAUAUGACUGCUCAGCCCAAAAAAAGAGAAAUGUUAUUUAAAAAAAAAAAAAAAAAUGUCAUUCAAUGUAAUAAACUUUUUUUUUUUUAUAAACCAGAGUGAAAACGUGAGGACUUUUGUCCCUUAACUCUUGCUGUCGUUGGUGCCAACCUAUUAUUAAGUGUUACAGGCCUUGAUCAACAAUCUGGAUCUCUUUCCAUCUAUUAAGCAGUUAAUUAUUUGCAGCAACGUAACCCAUUAGGGAUACAUUUGUCUCAGUUUAAAUACUACAGAAAUAGUCUCAGUUAGGAAAAAGCAUCUGUCUAACUAUUGUAUUGUCUAGUCUAGUGUACAAUUGCUUCUUGACCAUGGGAAGUACUGUUUCCACUCUCUACAAAUUUAACCCCUUAAGGACCAAACUUCUGGAAUAAAAGGGAAUCAUGACAUGUCAUGUGUCCUUAAGGGGUUAAAAUAACAAAGUUGUAAGAUAAGAGUGCUGGUAUAUCAUUGAAACAUUUAGUUGUUUUCUUUCUCCAUGCAGUAUUGAUUACUGCGUACCCCUAUAGCAGGUUCUUGCCAGCAUACUCACCUUCUAUCCAAAUCUGCCAUAUCAACCAGGGGUACAUCCAAGCACUACUAACACAAAUAAAAUAGUAUAUGUUACAAAAUAUAUUUGACUAUGUGAACAGUCUCUCAUAAAUAAAGGAGUAUUUGAUCAUUGUGAUACAAUCGUAUAGAAAAUGCGAAACAAAUCUAUUUAUCGGACAUUUUGUGUGUGCAACACUUAAUGGCCUUUAACUCUGUUAGUCUCAAGGCAAAAUCACAUCAGCUUAAACUGUUUUGUUGUUUUUUUCCAGUUCACAACUUAUUUUUCACAAUUUGAAUUUCUUAAAAUCUAUCUCCCCCUCCCGCUUUUUCUGGUCUAGGGAAUCACAUCAUAUUUUUCAAAAGUUUUUAAAUUACUAUGCUAGCACAUUUCUAUUCCUAGGUGCAGACCCUAACAGUGUUAGUUUAUAUGUAUAUGAAAAAGAGGAGCCAUGCAAUGCAUUCUGUAAAAUAAUCCAAACUAGUUUUUUGGUUAUUACGUAUGUUUAUACAUAAUGUCUCUAAUUUCUGGGUUCUGUUUUUGUUUUUGUGGUAGUAUGAAAAAGUGCGUAUAUAUCGAAUGGAUGGGUCAUACCGCUCAGUGGAGCUGAAGCAUGGGAAUAAUACGACGGUACAGCAAAUCAUGGAGGGAAUGCGUCUUUCACAAGAGACCCAACAGUACUUCACCAUUUGGAUCUGUUCAGAGAAUAUCAGUAAGCAUGGUUCUUCAAAAUGUCUAAUUUAGACCAAAAUAACCAAAAAGAACACGUAGAGAGACACUCUAACACAAACAGUCACUGAUUUGGUAGCUAUACCUCCUAACAAAACCAAUCUUUCUAGUUCAGUCUAAAAUUAGCAAUUUGCCCUGAAUUCAUGACCGUUCACACUUGAGUGAAUAAACCUCCCAGAUUUUAUGAUUGAAGACAAAUCUUGAAAACAUUGAACAUUUAAUAUUGGAUUUACAAAAAAAACUAUAAUCACAAGACAUGCUUUGUUUAUUGCUUUAAAGGAACACUCUCUAAGCACCAUAACCACUUCCGAACACUGUAGUAGUUAUGGUGCUUGGAAUGUUCCAUUCAUACAUAUUCCUUUUUAAUUACGUGUUUGUUUUUUUUCCUUUCCUAAGGUCUUCAGUUGAAACCAUUUCACAAACCUUUGCAGCAUAUCCGAGAUUGGCCAGAAAUCGUUUGUGAGCUGACCAACCUAGAUCCACAAAGAGAGACUCCGCAACUCUUUCUUAGGAGGGAUGUGAAACUUACUCUAGAUAUAGAGAAAAAAGUAAGAUGUGCUUUUUAAUGAAUAUAAACCAUUUAAGAACACAUAACACCAAAUCAGAAAUAUUGGUUUACAGUCCUUAAGUAAGACUUAUUUUGUUGUUUUGGCUUUGUGCUCCAGUACAUCGAUUUCAAAAUGGAGUGAAAACUGUAGGCUGGCACUGCAGCCUGGGACGAACUCCCUGCCAACGCUAGUGCAGAAGGUCUGUAAUGAGUCGAACUCCUUAGCUGACUCCUUUAUAAACGUAAAUGAAAUUCUUUUUCAACUAAUAAAAAAUAAGAUUUGCACAGUAAAUAUAUAAUCCUUUGUUCACCCAAUCUGCAGCUGGCAUAUUCAGUGUAGACCUUGAUCUUGUUGUGUUUUAUGUACUUCGUUCAGAACCAAAAAUGCAGAUUAAGCAGUAAAAUCAAAGUGACUGUUUGCAAAGAAAACAUGGUAAUUAUGGUAUAAAAGAAGCCAGUGAAUCUUAUCUGUGUUGUCACAUCUGAUGUGGAAACUACCAAGCCACACUUUUGUUCAUUCAAGACAAUAAUUGGUGACUGAGUAGAUGGGUAAUCUAAAUAUCAACAUAACAAUGACAAGCUGUCUGCAGAUUUUAUUUAGUAUAAUUUGAUGUAGUAAUGGCCUAAGUAGAGGAAAACCGCUAUCUCGCAGUCAAUGAGGUUAUUGUAUCCAUUGGAACGUGAUGUUUGAUGAAAGGCCUGUACAUAACAAUAACAAGGUUGUGUAACCUGAGUGGUAUCAAGUGGAUGUUUGUGUAAGAGACUGAACUUGGUCAGGUGUCCUGGCUCGGGAGUGAAAUUGAGCACAUAGCCGAGGGGAGAUGGAGCAAAAUGUAAUAUAUAAUAUGCAUUUAAUUUAAGAUUUAGGAGCAAAAAGAAAAAUUUAAACUGUUAAAAAGGGAAGACCUGUGUGAGGACGACCGUAAUUCCCAUGAUACUCUAUUAACCAGAAGGGACUUGGACAUGUGUUCCUUCAUACCCUAGGCAUGCAGAGGUAUGCAAGGGUUAAAAGUGUGGCUUGGAAUACCCAGAGAGCUGUCCCCUUUAACACAUGCCCUGGUAGCACAGGCACACUCUCUCUCGCCCUAACCGGCUACAACUCUCGACUCCCCAGGUACGACAGGGCAAGCUGGAGGGACCCAGAUAGGACCCAGGCUCAAGCUGAGUUCAAAUUUGUUGGCGCUAUAUAAAUAAUAACAUAAUAAAAGGGACUCCAGCUCCCAAUGUAAUUCUUUUUAUAAUGAUAUUUGGCUAAUGGCUACUUGCUUGGCCAGCUGGCAGACAAUACAUAAUAUUUUAGUCUCAAAAGCCACCUACCAUAAUAACAAAUAAUUAAAUCAAAGUAUAUCAGAAUUCCAAUGGUCAGAAGAAACAGGUCAUUAGAAUGAUAUCCUUCCCAGCAUACUCUUGUUGAUCUGUGAUUUAUAAAAUAGAAUUCUACAAUUCUUUCAGUGAUUCCUGUCCCAGGUCUGAAAGCAAACAAACAGUCCAAAUGUUGCCAGUAUUCCCUAAAAAGAGAAUUGUCAGACUGCUAAAUCCUGGAUAGCUGCAUUGCAUCACAACUGGGUUGGAAACCCGCUGCAAUAGAAAAAAAUUUCAUAAUUCAGCCAUAGUACUGCUGUAUCCCAUAAUACGCCCUGUUGGCAAAACAUUUGACCGUUUGUGUCUUCUGAUCUCUUUUUUUAAGAUUGAAGACCCUCUUGCUAUUCUCAUCCUUUUCGAUGAAGCCCGGUACAACCUCCUCAAAAGUUUCUAUCCAGCACCAGAUGCAAAACUUAUCACUCUAGCCAGCCUUCUCCUCCAGAUAGUCUAUGGGAACUACGAAAGCAAGAAACACAAGCAAGGAUUCUUAAAGUGAGUUUCGUCUACCACUAUUGGUUCAGAUCGCAACUGUAUCUUUAUUUACCAAUAUGUUUUGGGAGAUUGGGGGCGGGUUUCUCCUGAAUUUAUUUGUGAUAUUACAAUUUUUUUGUUUCAGUGAAGAAAAUCUAAAAUCUAUAGUACCGAUCACUAAAGUGAAGAGCAAAGCACCGCAUUGGACAAAUCGAAUUCUGCAUGAGUAUAAGGUGUGUGUAUAUAUAAAUCCAAGUGUUUAUUUGUUCUGAUGCUAAACUGAUGGCUUUAUAGAAUAUAUACAACUCUGUUUGUUAUCCUCGCGUUGAUCCUAUGCUUACUUAAAGAAACACUAUAGCUCUAGGAAAACAAACGUAUAUUCCUACUGCUAUAGUGCCUUUCUAGGUAGCUAGGUUAGAGCGACAACCACUAUAGGCAUUUGACCCUUUCCUGAUGUAAGGGAGUGCUAUGGCAUCCUUCAAAAGGAGGGCAAUAACGCUGUUAUGGCGGCAGAGCACUCCCUAAUGAUGUGGCCCUCCUUGGCAAUCGCAAUCAGGGGACCUGUCUGACAACCCACGCAGUCCCACUGCAGCCAAUCCGGCUGAUCCAGAUCUUUUCCAUUGAUGGGUGCAAUGUUUCCUUCCAGUCACCGUGUUUUCCCUAAUGAUACUUCAUCCCAUCCUAUACUGUACUGUUUCAAAUGUGAAGCAUUCCAGUCUUCUAUUGAUAUUAAGUGAAUUGUUUUUCUGCGCAUCAGACAUACUUGUUUAUAGUCAUACUUUUAUAUGUAAACUAUGUAUGUUGCAUAUAUGAAAUAUACAAAUAUAAUUAACUUUGUUUAUUAUUAUAUUAUGUUUUAUAUAUAUAUAUAUAUAUAUAUAUAAUUUAUUUUCUAUACACACACAUGCUAAAACAACAAUCUUAAAAUAGUGCAAAACAAUAAAAAUUGUAUACAUUAUACUUCUGCGUUAUUCCUUUGGUCACUGUGAGUGUUACUGAUUUAAUCAGCAAUACCAAAGGAAGCAAAGCUUUCAUUGUGAUUUCUUCAUUUCUUUAGAAUUUGAGUAUGAGUGAGGGUGUGAGCAAAGAGAUGCAUCACCUGCAGCGGAUGUUUCUCCAGAAUUGCUGGGACAUUCCCACAUAUGGAGCCGCAUUCUUCACGGGCCAGAUCUUCACAAAGGCCAGUUCUAGCAACCAUAAAGUUAUCCAAGUGUACGUUGGAGUCAACACAAAAGGCCUGCAUCUGCUUAAUCUGGAAACCAAGGUAACAUUGAUGCCAUAACUUGUCUUUGUCUUGAAGGGCCAUUCCAGGCACCAAUAUCUUGGCACUUUAUCUCAAUGAACAUGCAGUGAGUGGUGUCUUCCAUAAAUAAUUGCUGCUUAGCUCUAGGAUUUUUUUUCCAUGGGGUUAAUGUCAUUUCAGUCAGGAAUUCAUUCUGCAACAGUGUUACAGCUUUGAUACCUUUGAAAGGGACACUCCAGGCGACAUAACCACAACUAACGAGGCCAAAUGCUAUCAAAUAAAGUUAUUUUGGUGCUUGGAGUGUACUUUAAGUUGCAUUCAUAUGCUUUUACGUCCAUAAAUCCAAGUAAUAAUGAUGCAAAAUAAACCAUUAACUUAGAAACCUGUUAAUAGAGGUUUUGUUUUCAGUUGUUGCAUUAUGGUACUAUCCACAAAUAAAUUGUGCAGCAGAUGUAAAGAAUUAAAGAGAUCCAGAUAUUGCUUAAUUAAGGCACCUUAAUUGAAUGUACCUAGUUGAUGUCUAUAUUAUGGCAUUUUAUAAUGUAACUUAUAUUCCAGAUACACACUGUAUUAGGUCUUAGAUUAAAGGGACACUAUAGGCACCCAGACCACUUUAUCUCAUUGAAGUAGUCUGUGUGCAGUGUCCCUGUCCCCUUAACCCUUCAAUCUAAAACUGCAGUUUCAGAGAGACUUCAAUGUUUUCAUUGCAGGGUUAAGCCUGCCUCUAGUGGCUGUCUACCAGACAGCCCCUAGAAGCGCUUCCUGUCCUUUCACAGAGUUUGACUCUGUGAAACAACUCUGGAUGUCCUCACACUUUGCUAAGGAUGUCCAGCGUCUAAUAAAUUUAUUCAGUGCGUUCCUAUGGGGAAGACCUAAUGCUUGCGUGGCACUCGCCUUGCAUGUGCAUUAGGUUCCCCUACGACGCUGACGUUGGAGAAAGAGCCAGCACCGGCGCUGGCAUCUGGUAAGUAGUUAAAGGGUUUUUAACCCUUUAACUGCUGUUGGUGAGGGGCUGCAAGGGAGGUGGUGGCAGAGGGACAUUAUAGUGUUAGGAAUAUAGCUUUGUAUUCCCAAUACUAUAGUGUUCCUUUAACUUCCAUGAGUUUUCAUUGAAUUAUGUGGAUUUGGCUUUUCACCUGUUAAUGGCAUUAUAAAAUGUUUUCUUUUUUUUUUUAUUCUUUUUACUUGGAGGAAUACUUUGUUUGUAUCAAAGUUUGCUGUUUGAGAAACUUCCUAUGUGUGUGUUUGCAGGCCUUGCUGAUCAGUUUGAACUUUGGACGGUUCACAUGGCAGUUGGGAGAUGCAGAUAUUUGCUUCCAAAUCCAUAGCCUGGAAAAUAAAAUGAAUUUUAUCGUACACACGAAGCAGGUAAUUGUCCCGUUACUGCAGAUCAAUGUUUUUAUUAUGCCGUGCAGCAGUAACAAGUGGAUCAAAACAAAAUAAAACAGAAAAGGUCUUAGUUCGGUAAUGUGUUCCAGAGCAGGCAUAUUCUCUAAGGGUUAUUUACAAGUGUGAAAUGUCAUCCAAAUGAAAUUUCAACUUUAUUGAAUAACCCAGUCCGUGCUGACAGACAUUCUGCAUUCUUAAUCUUUUAAACCUGCGAACAGGGCCCUGUCCCUCCAUCUGGCAUGUCUAAACUUGUAAUGCUACCUAUUACCACCUUCCAAACAAGCUAAUCUGAUCCAUUCUUGUAUAACUUUAUAUUGCUGUCUAUCAGAGCUAGUCUUCCAUGUUUCCUUAUAAUCCCUUUUGUCAAUAAUAAAAUUUAACAAGUUGAAUAGAACCGCGUGUUGCCAUAUGUAUGGGAUCAGUACAGCUGUGUAUUGUAUGCUGUGUGUGUAACACACCUGCGCACUGUAUGCUUUGGGCAAUAUAUGGAGCAUUUCUAAAAUAUAAAUGUUUAAGUGGUUUCUAAUGAAAAACAAAGUUUAAAAGUGCCCUCAGUGUGAUUAUGCAAAAAAUAUUGUACUCAGCUUGAAUGAUUUUAGAAUUGGAAUUUGAAUUGAAUCUGGAAACACUAUAUUGCAGUGAUACAAUAGAUUCAUCUUUUUGACAUAUGUUUAAGGGACACUACAGCACUGACUAAGCUGCUUUCAAUUCACAACUUGGCUGCAGACAGCUGGAGCAACUAAAACAGGUAGUGGUCUCCUCUCAUUCCAAUGCAGUUUGUUUUGCAGUUCAAAUCAUUUAGUGCUUUUGGUGGUAAAGCUGUGUACAUACAUUUGAUAAGGAAGUCUUCUCCUGUAGUGAGGGGUGUGGCUAAGUAGGGGGGCUUAUGGUGCAACAUUCUGCAAAGAAUUGUUGUUUUUGUUUUUUUUAUAAUACAAAAACUAUAUAUUAAAUAAAAAGAUCUGAGCAUACAAAAAUACAGCGUAUUAAUGAGGCUAAAACCUGCAAAUCAAAUGCAUUAAAAUUGUAUUGGUGUUCUGAGAGUCCUUUUUUAAAUAAAGAAAACUCACUCUGAUUCUAAAUAUACAGUUAUUUCUGCAUAAUCAUUUUACGUACUUGUAUUUUCCCUUUUCUCCUCUUGCAUGCAGGCUGGCCUUGUAGUGAAACUGUUGAUGAAGUUAAGUGGUCAGUUUACACCCGCUGAUCGGAACGUGUCUGAAAGAUAUGGUUACGGCUAGCAACCCAAGAUGGCCUCUUGCUGCUUCUUGACAGAUUAUUGGAGUGUGACAAAGUGACUUGUUUAUGAGUAAUGUGUCCAUAAAUUACUCCUUACACUCCUUUUGCACUCUGCAGUGAUCACUAUGGAACAGGAUGACUUUAUUUAUGACAUACUCUUCUUGUUUUCUCAUACAUCUCGUGCACUUUCUGCUUAUAGACUUUGGUGAAUCGAAAUGGACCAGAGUGAAUUUGGUUCUGGUUAGCCAGUCCAAAAUGGAUUCUUAAUGCCUUUUCACAUUUACUCAGUGUUUAGUGAUCUUAUUGUGCUUAGCUUGACCUAGAACCAUUCCUGUUGCCUUCUGAUACUUCGCAGGAAUAUCUAACAUGGAGACCAAGACUAAGCUUCGCUAAAUUAAGAUAGACUUUUCCAGCCUCAAGUGUCUUAUACAUUCCAUGUUUCUACAAUGCAAUGAGAAUGAAGGAUUCUGUUUUAUCCCGUUGCCAUAAGGAUAUCCUGGUUUCUUCCAACAAUGACUAUUUUGAUGUUUAGUUUUUUUGUUUUAUGUUUCCUUGGUUUGUUUUCUUUGCUGAAAAAAAAUACAAUAUUUAUUAAAAAAACAAACAAAAAAACAACUA